AAUGGCAGCUAUUGGUUCCAGCAAGGAGCUGUCAGAUAUAGAUCGUGAUGUGCAAAGUGCCCGUGAGUUAGCUCUGCUGGGACAAUACGAACAAGCUAGUGUUUUUUAUGAAGGUGUGAUCAAACUAAUCCAGCGAAAUGUCCAAGCAUGCAGUGAACCACGAAUACGAGAUAAAUGGUUAACAAUGAGGCAAAAUCUUACUGUUGAAUUGCAAAACGUGAAGAAUAUUGUAAGGAUACUUGACUCCAUGCACAUGGAUGGUGGGAAAGGAGCCCGAAGAUUUGACAAUAUGCAAGAAGACAGAGGAGCAGGUGAUUAUGACGAUUACCAAAAUGAUCCAGAUGUUUUUGGCCCUCAACAGCCACAUUUUGCCCAGCGUGCAGCCCCACGACCAGCAAAUAGACGAAGCAAUCUUCCAGCAGAAAAACCGGCUCCUAAACCAGUAGUAGUGCCAAAGAGCGUGGCGGCAAAUAGGGUUGCACAGGCGAGAGCAAAUGCAGCCCAAGCAAAGAACUCGCCAAACGCUCCAGUUAAAGGUAAAGCAGCGCCUCCUGAGGGUAAAGGCAAUCCAGGUGCAGUUGGAGGAAGAGACAAGGACAAGAUUCCUGUCAAGGCAGAAGACAAACCAUUCGAACCCUCUGGAUACGACAAAGAUUUGAUCGAAUUACUGCAACGCGAUAUUUUGAUGCGUAAUCUGAACAUCCAUUGGAGUGACAUUGCGGGUAAUGCGGACGCAAAACGUCUCCUGGAUGAAGCUGUGGUGCUUCCAAUGCUGAUGCCGAAUUUCUUCACCGGCAUAAGACGACCCUGGAAGGGCGUUCUAAUGGUUGGACCACCCGGAACUGGCAAGACACUUCUAGCGAAAGCUGUGGCGACUGAGUGUGGGACGACGUUUUUCAACGUCUCUUCAGCCACAAUGACCUCCAAAUGGAGAGGAGAGAGUGAGAAGCUGGUGCGGCUGCUGUUCGAAAUGGCUCGCUACUAUGCGCCCAGUACCAUCUUCAUCGACGAAAUUGAUUCUCUCUGCAGCAAGAGAGGUUCGGACUCAGAGCACGAGAGCAGUCGGCGAGUGAAGAGUGAGUUGCUGACUCAAAUGGACGGGGUGGACAGUGGGAACGAACCAGGGAAGAUGGUGAUGGUACUAGGAGCCACUAAUUUCCCCUGGGACAUAGACGAGGCUUUGAGGAGGAGGUUGGAAAAGAGGAUCUACAUCCCCCUGCCCGAGAAGGAAGGCAGACGACAGCUCUUGGACAUAUGCCUCAAGGACAUCAAACUGGCGGACGAUGUUACUCUGGACGCAAUUGCAGACAUGCUAGAUGGAUACUCUGGGGCGGACAUCAACAAUGUGUGCAGAGAUGCCGCAAUGAUGGCCAUGCGCAGACGUAUUUCUGGGCUGAAUGCGGACGAGAUUAAGAAACUGGAUCCCAAUGAGAUAGAUCUCCCAACCACACACGACGACUUCGAAGUCGCUCUUAAACGGGUGUCUCGUUCUGUCUCCAAUGAUGACUUGAAAAAGUACGAAGAGUGGAUGAAGGAAUUCGGAUCCACGUGAUCAUCUUGUCGGAGUGAGGAAAAAGACGAUUGAUUUUAUUAUAAAACAAUGAAUGAAACAAAAAAGAAGACUUCCGCUUGAUAUGAUAGCUGCAAUUGCAUCAAUUUGUCACAAUUUCCAAAUGGCCAAUUAGAGUUAGUGGAAUUACAUUUUUUUUAUCAAACAGAACAAGCUAAAAUUGUUGCAUAAUUUAAAUAUAACUUACUUUGAUA